AUGGCAGAAAACGAUGACGAUGAUAAUGAGGAAGACGAAGAAGAGGAUUUAAAUACGGGUAUGUUGUUUCUUAUGAUUCAUCAGGAGCCUGGCGGGGAGAGCGAAUUUAAUUUUGCUUCCUCCGCCCCGAUAGCCCCUAGCGUUAGUCUACCAGUCACUCGUUCCGACGGAGAUGGCAGAGAUACGGUGGAGGAUCAGCUGCCCCAAAAGCCGCCGACGCCGUCUGUUUCUGCUCACGAUCAACAAAAGGCAAGCCAACCACAAAAUGGUGAUGCGAAUGACCAUGUAGUAGGAAAUACGAAAGCGACCGUGCACAUCAAUGGUGUGGCGGUGGAUCACUUUCAUCAGAACUCCGAUGUAGAUGAGGAUCGACGGUCUCUGUGUCAGAAUAGUGAUGUACAUGGUUUCAUUUCGUACUCAUCCGAGAGCAGCAUGAUCGAGUUAAAUCUAAAGUUCCGCAAGUGUGCUUGCAAUGAAAACAUUAUCAACACCUCCAAAGAAAACCUGCAACAGAUGCAACGAACCAGUCCAACAGGAGCGGCAGCACCAAUUGAUGGCUAUGACGUUGUCAAUGCUGCCAUUGCUGGUGCGGAGAGCAGUGUGGUCGGGAAGGAAGGUAAAAGCAAAAGAAUAUUAGCAUUAAACAAGGAUAAUUUGAAUAGAUUAGUGCGCAAACUGAACGACACUACGAAUAGCUCAUCCUCAUCUUGUACAAAGUGUAGAUUAUCAUUAGACGUCAAGAACAUUUUAAACGGAAUAGGUAACGUAACGGCAAAACACGCUACAGCUGACGCCGUUGGGAGUGACAGUGUCGGUCGGUCGCCUGGUGGAGAAGAUUCUAACUCCCGCCGUGCUGCGCUUCCACUAACCAUCGACGAUUCUAUGCUCGGACUGCGUGCAGAUGACUCACUGCUAGGAAGCUCAGCUUCCCCGCUACCCUCUCCACUACCUUCGCCUAAUUCGCCGUUACCAAUUAUCGGUCCGCUUGAGCGACGUCAUAGCGAAACGGUCGAACGGCGAUCAAUUGGCAUACAGCAUGCAUCGAAACAAUAUCGUAAAAAACCGCCAUUAUUGCGAACACAUGGCCGUAGCAUAGCACAAGCAGAGGAAAUAAUAAUCAUUUCCGAUGAAUUCAGACGACAAUCGUUGCGCGAUCAGCAAACCAUACGGGUACAGAAGAGUCCGAAAACAAUUUCCAAAUCGAUGGAAAGCAUAGACAAGCGAAAUUCUAUGUCACUAUCCCUUCGGCCGGUGGCAAUAAGAAGUUUUCAACUGCCCAACACUGUACGUGGGAUAGAUCCGGCCGACGAGAUGCUAACGAUAGUGGUCAAUGCCGCCGAGACUAGGGGCGCCAACGAUACAAAAACAAUCUCAAAAUCAGUUGAUGAUAUGGCACUCGGCGGAGGACAGGGAGUAGAGGACUCUGCUCAACCGAAAGCAUCUGAACCUGCUGAAGAUGACGUCGAGUUAAUCUUCAUUUCGGAUGAGUUUGUCAAACGAAAAUCAAAGUCAAGCUCGGAUGUUAUCAUCGUGGAAAAUGCUGCUGGUCGCAGGAGGGAAAGUAGCAGGCGUAAAAAACCCAUCAAAACCUUGUCGGUUGCUGGCGUCGAAGGCAGAAACACGGAAAAGAAAAGACUUUCCUCCAACACGGCUCGGGCCUCUAGUACUGAAGGACGGAUUGUGAAAUCCGCAACCAUACCGGUAGCCGCGUCUAAAGUGAAAAACGUCCGUCGCAAAACAACUAUAUCCAACUCGAAUAGUUUCCUUACCUAUGAGGAGCCUUUCUCUCCAGAGACGCUUGAAAGUAAAGACAUUGGUCAACUUUUUGCAGAUGCGUCGGCCGAGUAAUCUUAGAGCAACAUGAAUGAUUGUAAUAGAGUACAGCCUGCAAAUUUAGUGCAACAAACGAAUCCUCACUAGUUAUACUUCUUGAAGUUAGUAUGCGUAUGUUUGCAGAUUACUGGUGAAGGAUGUUGUUAAACAUGUCUGUGAAUCUUCCAUUAAUUAUGUAUCCUUUGUUAUCGCACAAAUUUAAAUGGUAGAAAAAAGCAAUUAUAAUGAUUGUUAUUUAAUUGCGUUUAGCCAAUCGAAUAGACUAUGCUCAUUGUUUACAGUUUAGUAUUACUUACACUUUCCUAUAGUUUAUCCCAAUGCUUCCCGGAAUAGAGCCUUUCCAUUUGGUGUUCGUUUGUUGCAAUGUUGUUUUGAAGCAAGUAUAGACUAACUCCCUCAGGCAACGUUUCUAAAACGCUUUAUUGAUUUUACUGCAGUGCAAUUUGUGGGUUCGUAUGUAUUGAGCACAUUGUAUCAUUUAUUACUCAGUUCACCCAAUCGUAUUCCAAAGGGACUGAUGAUAUCGACUGAUAAAUGCAUGUAAAAAUACUAAGUAUAAAUCCUAUAUGAAGAGUAGUAAACAAAUCCGAUAAAACAAAACAUUCGAAAAAUAUGUAAAAAAAAGUAAAACAGCAAUAAGUGGAAAGUUCUCACAACGCCAUCAUCGUACAAUAGUAGUAUAC